GCCCCCUCUAGUACCCAUCCAAACGGUGCCUCUGCCGCCGCGGCGCACCGAAGUCCCAACCCCGGGACUUGCCCCUGGAAUUUCGCACUCCGUUGAGGGUAGACCCAGUUCCCUGGGUCAGCCAAGCCCUCCUAUAUCGCAAAGGUCGCAUUUAUGGAAUCCCUGGCACCAGCAAUGUCAACCCUUUUGUUCCUUGAUCAGAACACACCGGCGACUUCCCGGCAAUCCUCCUCUGUACCCUCCUCUGCCGGCCAGGUCAUUGUCAACGGAGUCAGUCUUGGACAGACAGACAUCAUGAGCCUCCAGGCGCUGGUUGGGGUUGUUAUGCCGGGGUCUUACUGGUACGAUCGCCGCAGUGGAGCUUACGGGGUACUGCAAGGGCCUUGCAGCGGCUGCCUGUCGCCUGGCCUACCUCUUGGCGGUGGGCAACUUGCCCCGGAUGCCUCCGGCAAUACUGGCACGGGAGUGUUUAUCAACGGCCGCCAGAUUCACAGCGUGGAUGUCGCAGGUCUGCAGAGAGCAGGAGUAGUUGUGAUGCCUGGACGUUGGUGGGUCAAUGCUGACGGUAGCUACGGAGCAGAAGGAAAUCCCGUUGUUCUCGGCCGCCUGAAUUUGCACGCUUCGGCUGAUGCCGGUGGCGGCACUGGUGGCAGCCACAGUUGGUCAACGAGCAUGGGGCACUACGGGGGUAGUGAUGGACAGGGAUUCAGCUAUGUGGGAGGUCCUGGAUGGAGCUACUACAGUGGAUGAUGCAACAUCGAGCAUGUUCCAAUGUCGAACCA